UUAUAAAUGAAUUCCCCAUAAAGCGUUUUUAUCAAAAUGUACAAUCGGCUUAUUGUAAUUUUAAUAUUUUAUUUGAAUUUUGCUAACACAAAAGCAAACGCACCGGAAGUUUGCAUCGACACAUUAGGAUGUAUUGAGGGCAUUUAUCAACCAGGCAACGAAGUGGAAAAAUAUGAAGCCUUCUUGGGUGUGCCCUAUGCCCAGCCGCCUAUUGGGGAAUUAAGAUUUAAAAACCCCGUUCCGAUUGAGCCUUGGCACGACAAACUGCCAGCAAAAGAACCGCAUACAGAAUGUAUUCAAAGGAAUUACUUCGCAACUCCUAUUUCUACGAUGGGCGAAGAAGACUGUCUUUAUUUGAAUUUGUAUCGUCCUGCGCAACGUUCUGCUGAAAAUCUACCAGUUUUGUUUUAUAUACACGGCGGUGGAUUUUUUUGUGGAUCUCCGAAUCCUCUAUUUUUUGGUCCUGAAUAUUUUAUGGAUACGAACGAGGUCAUAUUGGUGAUGCCUGCCUACCGCUUGGGUCCGUUCGGUUUCCUAAGUAGCGGUGAUGAGCACAUGACUGGCAAUUUCGGAUUAAAGGAUCAAAAUUUAGCUUUGAAAUGGGUGCAAUCGUACAUAUCCGCAUUCGGUGGUGAUCCAUCGCGCGUUACUAUUUUUGGCCAUAGUGCUGGCGGAGUAUCGGCGCAUUUACAUAUGCUAAGCUCCGCCUCAAAAGGCUUAUUUCGCAAUGCGGUGCCAAUUAGUGGCGUUGCAAAUACAGCAUUUGCGGAACCGAUCGACCCAAAGGCGCAAAUUAUUAAAUUUUCCACAGCUGCAGGAAUAACCAACGCUUCCAAUAUGCCUUCUAUAGAACUUGUCGAUGCUUUGCGCAAUUUACCAGCAGAACAAUUGUUGCAAGCUUCCGAUGCCUUGAAAACUUGGUACGUUUAUCCUUUGACACAUUUUCGACCCACCAUUGAAAAGGCAUCAUGGCCGGAGCCAUUUUUAACAACCAGCGUGCGUGAAUUACUCGAUAAAGAGCCGCCCCAGACGGUGCCAUGGAUUUCGGGUGUUAUGCCAGCCAAAGGUGAGGGUGUAAUCGCAGUACUAAAACUCACUGGAGAUCCAGCUUUGCAAGCUGAGUUCAACGGGAAUUUCGAUGAAUUAUUUAAGCAAGCAACAGAUUUAUCCGCUGUGGAACGUAACCCAGAAAAGGUCAACGAUGUAGUAGAACGUUUAGUGGCAGAAUAUAUGGGUGGAGUACGUAUGUUGAAUAACGAAACAUUGGAUGGUUUCUUAGAGCUUUUAGGUGAUUUCAACUUUCAUUAUCCAUUAUACAAAGCAAUUGUCAACAAUGUGAAAUCUAGUGACGAAACACAGUCCCCUACAGGGAUAAUCAAGUUCAAUUAUCAGGGACCUUAUACACAUUCUACAUUUUUUUCGGGCAAUACGAAAGACUUUGGUGCGAUACACGUUGAUGACACCUUGUUUCUUUUUGGUAUGCCACUAAUAGCACCACUUGGAUAUUCAAAAUCGUCGGCGGACGCUGAGUUGGUAAAGCGAUAUGUGGGUCUGUAUGUGGAAUUUGCCAAAUUCGGGUGAAAAUGUUGAAGUCUUCCAAAAAAUGCAGCCCUGCAGUAAGGAUUCAUUUGAAAAACAAGGUUUUUGUGAUUAUUUGUCCAUCGUCAAGGAAACCGAUCCAUUUCAGGUCGACAACGCAUGGAAUACGGAACGCAUGAAAUUGUGGGAUUAUGUAUACAAAACACUGUAUUAAGAUGUAAAUAUGUAAUACAAAUAAAUAUCUUAUAUACAUAUUAUUAAGAGA